AUGCUUGGCUUUGGAGUUCGUAACGAGUUUGUGGUGGAGGGCAGGACGGUUGUGGUCACUGGGGGCUCCGAGGGUACGGGCAAAGCUGCCGCCUGUCUGCUUGCUGAAAGGGGUGCAAAUGUUGUUCUUGUUGCCCGUACCGUCCAAAAGCUGCAGGAGUCAGUGGAGGUUGUCAAGGGCUCUGCUGCGGACAUCAGGAUACAAAGAUUCCACUACGUCAGUGCCGAUCUCACAGACAUUGCAGAGUGUGAGCGGGUGAUGGAAGAAAUCACUGAAUGGAAUCGUGGACUUCCUCCCGAUGUGGUGUGGUGCUGUGCUGGAUACUGCCACCCUGGCUUCUUCGUUGACACGCCUGUUGAAACGCUCAGGGACCAAAUGGACACUGUUUAUUGGACUGCCGCCAACACUGCCCAUGCAGUGUUGAGGAAAUGGCUUUUGCCCGUCAGUCCAAGCAAACAACAGGCACUACCUCGGAGGCAUCUCAUUUUCACCUGUUCCACCCUAGCCUUUGUGCCUAUCGCCGGUUAUGCUCCCUAUUCACCCGCCAAAGCAGCCAUCCGUUCGUUAUCCGAUACACUCAGCCAGGAAAUCGAAAUGUACAAUGGCUCUCGUAUAACCAAGACACGGUGUGAAGCCACGCCAGCGGACGUUAAGAUCCACACGAUUUUCCCCAUGGGAAUCUUGAGUCCGGGCUUUGACAAAGAACAGAGGUUGAAGCCUGAGUUGACGAAGCAGCUAGAGUCAGCUGACAAACCACAAACCCCGAAGGAAGUCGCAAGACUAGCAAUUGACGCUUUGGAAAGGGGCGAGUACCUGAUCACUACGAUGUUCGUCGGCCAUGUGAUGAAAGGUAGUGCUCUGGGCGGUAGCCCUAGAAACUAUACUAUCCGCGACACCUUGACCAGCUGGUUCAGUAGCUUGGCCUUCCUGCAAGUUACUCCUGAUCUCCGGAGACAAGCUUGGAACUGGGGAGUGAAGUUUGGUCUUCCAUCAAACAAGACUGACAAGGAAUGA